AUGGCAAACUGUCUGGCCAUCAUAUAUCCAUCGUUUAAGAGCAUUUAUCUUGUAGAAUAUGGAAAUCAGGAGGAUUAUUUCGUUCUGUUAAAUUACUGGAUAAUAUUUUCUUUAAUUGUGUUACUAGAAGGACAAUCGUCGACUGUUAUAAACAGUUUUUUCCCGUUGUAUUACUUAUUAAAAUGUUGUCUGUUAUCGUGGAUGUACUCAGAAAAUGGCUCCGGUGUGGCUUAUUCUUAUCUGAUUCUUCCUUUAUAUAAAGUUUUUUGGAAACGAAAAUUAGGCGGCAAAUUGUCUAUUGUACGUUCGAAUUUAUCAAAGGCAUUAGUAGAGGGUAGUGUCAGCGAGCGUGAUAAGACUACUUCUAACAUAGAAAGUUAUAGUACAGAAACGGAAGAAACUGAACAAGUAUCAGAAUGCGAUAAAAUUUCUGAAAAUGUAAAGGAAAAUAAUGAUUUGAUUGAUGCAAAUGUAGAUGAUUCAGUAAAUGAUCAAGAACAGGUUAAGAUAAAAUAUGAUAGCAUCAACAGAGAACAGAGAAAGGAAGAUGAGAAGGAAGUUACUGAUGAUGUAAAUUAUGAAGUAAAAUCAGAUGAUCUUAAAUAAAAAAUCACAGGAACAGUAGAGCAAGAACUGACAGAUAAAUAUAUUGUAACUCCUAUAAAAUUUCAGUAUGCUGAAGAAACAACUGAUGAUACUAAUGAUGAUGACUAAAAUUAUGUUAAUUAGAUAUGAAACUGAUACCUUUAAGAAUACAAAAUAUUUAUUUAUGAUUAUAUUUGAAAU